AUGAAGAUUUUAUUUGUAGAACCUGCCAUUUUCCUCAAUGCGUUUGCUAUGAGUUUGACUGUACCCCUGACAACACAGUAUGUGUACAGACGAAUAUGGGAGGAGACUAGCAACCACACUAUCCCAUUUAACAACAGUAUUUCUGAGUGUGAGAAAAACAAGACCAGUCCCAUUUUUGUAUUCCAGGAGGAAGUUCAGAAGAAAGCAUCUCUCUUUAGUCUGCAGCUGGAUCUCAGCGGGUUGAUUCCCGGGCUGGUAUCCACAUACAUACUCCUGGCCACCAGCGAUCACCAAGGACGGAAGCUUCCUUUGGUCUUGUCUACCGUGGGUUCUCUUGCCACUAGUGUUUGGCUCUGUUUGCUGGCCUAUCUUGCUCUCCCUUUCCAGCUUUUGAUCGCAUCUACCUUUAUCGGUGCUCUUUGUGGCAAUUACACCACGUUUUGGGGUGCCUGCUUUGCCUACAUAGUGGAUCAGUGCAAAGAAGAGAAACAGAAGACCAUUCGAAUAGCGAUUGUGGACUUCAUACUCGGGCUUAUUACGGGGCUCACGGCCCUGUCCUCUGGUUAUUUUAUUAGAGGACUAGGCUUCAUCUGGUCGUUCCUGAUUGUCACGCUGGUCAUCGCUGUUAAUUUGAUCUACAUUUUAUUUUUCCUGGGUGUUCCCGUGAGAGAAACCCCAUCUCAGCACACUUCCCUGUCCUGCCGCGAAGCCUUGAGAAACCUCUUUUACCAAACUUACAUGCUUUUUAAGAACACUUCUGGGCGGCGCAAGUCCUUGCUCUGUCUGUUGCUUUUCACAAUGAUCGCUUAUUUUCUGGUGAUUGUCGGCACUUCGCCGAUUUUUGUCCUUUACGAACUGGAUUCACCGCUCUGCUGGGAUGAAGUUUUUAUAGGUUACGGGUCGGCUUUGGGGAGUGUCUCCUUUGCAAGUAGUUUCUUGGGCAUAUGGCUGUUUUCUUACUGCAUGGAAGAUAUUCACUUGGCCCUGAUUGGACUGUUCACCACGGCAGGGGGAAUGGUUAUGACGGCCUUUUCCAGAACAACCACCAUGAUGCUUUUAGUCCGGCUGCUGUUCAUUUUUGCUGUUGUGCCACUCUCUGUUCUACGAUCCAUGCUGUCCAAAGUGGUCAGUUCUACAGAGCAAGGAACCCUGUUUGCCUGCAUUGCUGUUCUAGAGACACUAGGUGGAGCAGUUGCCAUUUCUGCCUAUAAUGGACUUUACUCAGCCACUGUGGCCUGGUUCCCUGGCUUCACGUUUCUGCUGUCUGCUGCUCUGUUACUGAUUCCAGCCAUCAGUCUAUGUGUGGUCAGCUGUACCGACUGGAACAGGAGCAGCUACACACUUCUGGUACAAGAAGAAUCCGGGGCCGACACCUCCGACAGAUGA